CAUUUCUGGCCUGCCAAAGCAACUUUUCAGGAGGGACCUUGUCGUGUCCUUUAGCCCCAUCCUCGUGUUUGGCCUGGUAUUUGCAGCGCCUCUCAUCUGUGACUCUCCGCGCAAACUAAGAGAGGACAAACCAGCAAAGGAGGAGAGUGUUCCUCUCCAUCUGCCAACACAGGGUGAUCUCUUCCAUUUCUUUCUGCUGUGUCUAGAAGGAGCAAUGCAGGGAAAAUAAGUUGAGAAAACAAACAUGAAGAAGUUAAAACUUAAGGAACUAGAAAGCCGUCUUCAGCAAGUUGAUGAUUUUGAGAAUCCAAAAUUACUUCUUGAACAGUAUCCAACAAGACCCCACAUUGCAGCAUGUAUGCUUUAUACAAUUCACAACACUUUUGAUGAUAUUGAAAACAAGGUGGUUGCAGAUCUAGGAUGUGGUUGUGGUGUACUCAGCAUUGGAAGUGUAAUGUUAGGAGCAGGGUUGUGUGUGGGGUUUGACCUAGAUGCAGAUGCCCUGGAAAUAUUUAGUAGAAAUGCAGAAGAGUUUGACCUCACAAAUAUUGACAUGAUUCAGUGUGAUGUAUGUUCUUUACCUGCCAGAUCAUCAAAAACUUUUGACACAGUAAUUAUGAAUCCUCCUUUUGGGACCAAGCAUAAUAAAGGAAUGGAUAUGACUUUUCUGAAGGUAGCUUUGCAAAUGGCACAAACAGCUGUAUAUUCCCUACACAAAACUUCAACACGAAAACAUAUACAAAAGAAAGCAGAUGAAUGGAAAGUGAAGAUGGAAGUUAUAGCAGAACUUAGAUAUGACUUACCAGCAUCAUACAAGUUUCAUAAGAAGUCAUCUACAGCUCUCCAGGCAGAAGUAAAGAUCCCAGAUCACACUUCUGAAAGGAAUAAUGGAUAAAUCCAGUGUCCUG